CGGGACAUGGAAUAAUUACUCCCUCCACAGAAGCUCAAGGCCUGAAGACCUGUGCAACAAAUUUUGGGCAAACGGGUGCUUACAUUAACAAGCCUUCUCUCAUCGAGGUUUUGUGUCGAGGGUUUUAGGAAGUUUAAGGCUGAGCUUUGGAGCAAAGCUCGCUCGCUCUCUCUCUCUCUCUCUCUCUCUCUCUCUCUCUCUCUCUCCAUCUGUGCAUGGACUAUGGACACUGUGAGACUUCGCGUUGAGUUCGAAGAUCGCCACAUUCUGAGCAAGUCACAGCGAUCGGAGAGACUGAAACGAAGCUGGCUCCUCCUUAAACCUCUAUCACAAGAGACCAUCUCUGACCUCUCCUCCUACCUCCUCGACAUUUUCGACCUCUAUCACUCUUGCCCUAAUGGCCUCAUCCUCUCUAUGGACGGCUUUGUGUUGCCACCUUUUGAGUCAACAUGUAUAUUAAAGGAUAAAGAUGUAAUCAGUGUCAAAAGGAAGGGAGAACUGUUGUCUGAGAUUGUUGAGGUAUCUGAUGGAAUAAAUUUAACUGAGGAAGACGAGAUUGAGGAGAAGCAACCUGUGCUCACCGAUGUGCCACUUCUAGCAAAUGAGGAGUUUGAAAAGGAGACUGGUGGUUACCAGAGUGAACCUGAAGAGGAUGAAGACAACCAGUCAGAGGAUGAAUUGCAUGUGGAGAUUUCACCUGUUUCCAAGAAGAGAAAAGCAUCAAAGAAACUCCAGAGCUCUAAGAAGAAGAUUAAACGUCACAAGGAUCCCAAAGAUGUUGAAAAUGGUUUCCAUAAAGAGCAGCAGGAGGGCUGUGAACACCACCCUGGAAAGAGUAUGGACAAGAAGAAGAAACAGAAAGAUUCUGGUGUAAAGAGUAAAACCAAUGCAGAAAGUGCCCCUAGCGCUGUUCAAACAAAUGAUGACAUGUUUGAACGUUCGCCUACUCUAAAGAUGUCUGGCCAGCUUCAGGAAAAUGGGAUAGGAUGCAAUAACAUAACUCAGACACCUGAUGGAACCAGAAAGGUCAGUAGAAGUUCUCGGAGGAAAAAAGCCCGGAGGCAAUGGUUACGGGAAAAAGUAAAGGCUGAAAAGAAUGAGGUGCAUGAGAUGCAAUCUCCUGAAAAGGAUGAGCAAGAAAAGGAUACACUUGAGAGUUCUCUACAAGAUCUAGUACAAAACCAAGAACGUGAAGCAGAUAAUGAGAUUUGUGAGAUUGUUGAAGAUGACAAGAUCGUCCCCAUUGUGAUUAGGCCAGGACAUAUUCGCUUUGAGCCACUGGAAGAAGACCAGGCUGUCCAGCAAAAUAAAGUUUACGUGGAAACAUUUAAGUGGAACGGAAUCACCAGCAAGAAAAAGGGUCAAAAGUGGGGUACAGAAAAACUUCCAUACCGGAGGAAUGACUAUAAGGAGUCCAACAAAGAACAUUCUGAGAUGAUAACUGCAAAAAAAUUGAAACCUCCAAUUGAUCCCAUUGACUUUGAUAAGCUUGCACCAUUUACCGGCUUGCCUAAGGAAGGGGAUGUGAUUGCAUAUCGUCUACUGGAGUUAUCAUCGACCUGGACACCCGAGCUUUCCUCUUUCCGAGUUGGGAAAACAUCUUGGUAUGAUCCCGUAUCCGGAAAAGUUCUACUAACACCCAUCCCAGAACAUCCAAUUAUCUUCAAGAAGCCGGAUGAAGAUCGAUGUUCAGAACAACCAGAUAACUCUCUUUACAGGGAGGAUGGAUCUCUAGAGGAACAACCAGAUAACUCUCUUUACGGGGAGGAUGGAUCUCUAGAGAUUGAUUUCUUGUCACUUGUUGAUGUCCGAAUUGUCAAGCUUGGUAUAUCACAUUCUGCAAAAGCAGUAACCAGUAAUGUUAAUAACGGUUCCACAGCCAACGAAGCUUCCACAUCCACGGUGGUGCCCUUCAAUAACGAUAAACACACUGAUGCCCCCACCCCAGGAAAAGAAGGUAAUGAGUGGGAUGAAAUCAGCCAAGCUCUAAGCGCAAAGAAAGAACAGCUGAUUCGGGAGAAUGGUUGGAAUAAGGAGGGUUCUGGAAAGGGCUCAUGGUCUUAUAGAGCCUUGAGAAGCAGUGCACUUGGCCCGACAAUGGCUAUUCUAAGAGCAAGGAACGAUAUAUAAGAAUGAGUUGUUACCUUGUGUGGGUGGAUGAAUAUGUUAUGUACUUUUACAGAAAGAGAAGAAUCUCCCUACUCUUCGAGCUCUGUUCAACAUAAGAAGCUUUUGAGCUUGAGCUUUUGUAUGGGGGCUGGAACCCGAGUUUGCUUCUUGGUUACUCUGCUUUAUAUCGAGGAAAAAAUAGCAAAUUUGUUUAUACUGUUGGUUAAUCAUGUUUGUUUUUUAUUGGAUUCCAAAUAUCAAGGUUUGGCAUUCUCUAUUUC